UUUAAGGGUUCAGGCGGCGAUUUGGAAAACAAGUUUCGGACAAACAACUACGAGGGAAUUUCCGAGCAAAAGACAACGCCAAUGAUCCCGCUUCUUGUUAGAAAGGUUGCGAGCUCACGCAAUACGCUCGGACGGAUCGCCGCAAUUGCUGCUGCUGGUUCUUGUAUCUGGUAUGCCGGAAGUAAAUUAGAUUCUGGAUCCUCUGUAGUGUUGUCAAUUCCUGCUGCUUUGAGUGAGCCACUGUUCCUUCCAUGGCAGACCGCGCACGGCUUCACGAUUCAUCCUUCGGGUGCAUUUGAUCACCAGAAAUUGGGUCUUUCAUUUUGUUCUUCAAGAGUCAGUCCUGCUCCACCAUCUGGUGUGGAGAAGGAAAAGCCUGGAGAUACGCAGAAGCCUUGUCCAAGAUGUUUGGAUAGAGAUACAAUUGCAAAUGCUGCAGCAGAUGUUGGCCCUGCUGUUGUAAAUAUUUCUGUUUCACAUGGUAUUUAUGGAAUUGCUACUGCUAAAAGCAUGGGAUCCGGAACAAUUAUUGACAAGGAUGGUACUAUUUUAACAUGUGCCCAUGUCGUGACGGAUUUUCAUGGUCCACGAGCUGCAUCCAAAGGAAAGGUAGAGGUUACUUUACAAGAUGGUCGGACAUUUGAAGGGACAGUAAUGAAUGCUGAUUUUCACUCUGAUAUUGCCAUUGUGAAAAUCAAUUCUAAAAGCCCUCUUCCCAUGGCAAAGCUUGGUUCUUCAAGCAAGCUCCGACCAGGGGAUUGGGUUGUAGCAAUUGGGUGUCCACUUUCGCUUCAGAAUACUGUCACAGCUGGUAUAGUAAGUUGUGUUGACCGUAAGAGUAGUGAUUUGGGUCUUGGUGGAAUGCGAAGGGAAUAUCUACAAACAGAUUGUGCAAUUAACGUGGGAAAUUCUGGGGGUCCUCUUGUUAAUGUGGAUGGAGAAGUUAUUGGUGUAAAUAUUAUGAAAGUGGAUGAUGCUGUUGGAUUAAGUUUCGCUGUACCAAUUGAUUCAGUCUCCAAAAUUACAGAGCAAUUCAAGAAAAGAGGGAGAGUUAUUCGGCCUUGGCUUGGAUUGAAAAUGAUCGAUCUCAAUGAAAUGAUAAUCGAACAACUUAAAGAAAGAGAUGCAUCUUUUCCAGACGUUACUAAAGGGGUUCUUGUAGCUAUGGUAACUCCUGGAUCCCCUGCUGGUCGUGCUGGGUUCCGUCCUGGUGAUGUCGUCAUCGAGUUCGAUAAGCAACCUGUUGCCAGUAUCCAAGAGAUCAUUGAAAUUAUGGGAGAUAGAGUUGGGAUUCCAUUGAAGGCAGUUGUGAAACGAUCUCUUAAUAGCAUCAUCACUUUGACUGUUCUUCCUGAGGAGUCCAAUCCAGAUAUGUGAUACUAUACACUCACUACACAAUCAAUUCAAUUCUUUCAUAUUUCCCAUCAUUUGGUUAUGGCUUAGGGUUAGAACUCGAUACCUUAACCUUCUCGUGUAAAGUUAUAUAGGAUGUUUAAGUUUAGUUUGUGAACUUUUAAGCUUGUCUAUUUGGUCGUUGAACUUGAAUUUGACUAGAAAUAGUCGUAGUU